AUGCUAUGGCCCCACUCGGAUGAUAAUCUCAUUCCUCGCUAUGGCUCAUUCAUGUGUAACAAACUCAUCCGCCUUAGCACAUCAUGGUCAGGAAAAAUAUCUUGUGGUGGCAUUGUUAGUUUAUUUGCCAAAAGCACUCCAGUCCGGGCCCCAUACCCCGAAAUUCACGAACCUCUUCCCGAUGAGACCUACCUUACCCCGGGAAUCCUUAUGUCUAUGAUAAUGUUUCGGGUGGAGGACGGGAACCAUAUUUGGACUGUGGGUCAAAACCACGAUCCACAGCUCCUCAUCACCCCAAAAAAUCGGGAUAUCCUUGCCCUCAGGGGACCCAACAAUUUUACCGACUGGAAAAUCACACCGUAUCUCUUCCCCGAUUCCUUCUCCAAGGAGGAAGAUGGAGACAGUGACGAGAGUGGCGGGGCGGCACCACAAAAUUAUCCUCCCAUGGGUGGUGCCAGCUCAUCCCAUCAGGCUGGGCACCCAUCCUAUCACCAACAAUAUAUGGAUCAAUUCCAGUCGAUCCAUAUCCUCCUCGAUACUUACUAUCAAGAUCUCAUGAACCUAACUCAAAGUUUCUCUUCUUUCACCACUCAAUACACCCGAGAUCAAGAGCGCCAGCCUAAACAUGAGGAGGUCUUUUGGGCUUGGACCCGAAACUCCGAUUACUAUCCUUAUCCUCCUCCUCCUCCUCCGCAAUAG